AUGCUACCAUUUCCCGUCCAUAGAAGUGGCAAAACAUCAAUCCAACAAAUGCUGUUCAACGAUGCCGAUCCCAAACAAACAUUCUACUUCGAGCCUACCAUCCGUAUCAUGAAGCACAAGCACGAUACCAUCAUUCCGCUUGAGAUAUGGGACUGUCCUGGGAAUAUCACUGUCGAUACUCUUGGAGCUCCUCUAUCCACAUUUGCUCUGAUUAUCUUUGUUAUAGAUAUUCAGGCAGGUCCGGAUUCGGUACAACAACCGAUUGCACGACUCUUGCAGUUCUUUACUGCAGCAUUUCAAGAAUCCCCUGCGACUGCUCUCGAGGUAUUUGUGCACAAAGCAGAAGCCAUCCAAGAGUACAAGAAUGACAGUUUCAGACACAUUCAAGGUCGCAUCAUCGGCGAACUCGAGGAUAUGCCUGGGUUCGAAACAAUGCCGCUCGACUUUCACUUGACUUCUAUCUACGAUUAUUCGCUUUACGAAUCCUUCUCUGAGUUAAUCACCAAGGUCGUCGACUCGUUGCCGGAUCUCGAGCAAUUGCUCGACAUAUUUUGUGCCAACUCCCAGGCAUCGAAAGCCUACUUGUUCGACAUCAAGUCAAGGCUGUAUGUGGCCACGGACACGUCUCCUCCGGAUUCAGCGCAUAAACUAUGCUGCGACUACCUAAAGACGAUGAAUUCCUUCGGCUCCCUCUACAAGUGA